AUGCUCUACUCAACAACGGCUUGUCCCAUCGGGAAAUCGCUCGUCAGACGGGUCGCUCAAGACGAACUAUUGACCGUUAUGCAAGGAAUCCGCAAGAAUACGGCACAGCAAUACAUUCUGGACGGCACAGGCUGCUAUCGGUUCAAGCUGAACGAGACGUCUGUCGAAAAGCAUCAAACUUUACGAAGUCCGCCAACCAAAUCAGAUCCGAAAUUCCUGAAAACGUCUCGAAGAACACCAUCUUACGAACAAUUCAUCGGUCCGGUCGACUUGUGAAUACUCCAAUGAAGGCAGCACCUCGUCUACAGCAACGCCAUAAGAAUGAACGGCUCCAGUUUGCACGCUCUAACAUGGCCACGGAUUGGAAUAAGGUAUCAAUGUUUUCUAUCACCUUAUGAUUCCCAAUUUUUCUGUUGGGAUCAUCUUCAGCGACAAGAAGAAAUUCAACCUUGAUGGGCCAGAUGGGUACGCUCACUACUGGAGAUAUUUGAGGAAAGAUCCGAUGUACUUCUCCAAGAGAAACUUCGGCGGCGGCAGCCUCAUGGUCUGGGCGGCUUUCUGCGGCAACGGGACGGUAGCUCUUUCUUAUAUUUUUUCUCUUUAGCCGACGACGUGCUAAUAUGAUUUACCAACAAGACAAUGCAUCUGUUCACGCGAGCAACUCCACAUUGGCUUGGUUUGCGGCCAAGAACGUGGUUCUUCUGGACUGGUCCGCGUGCAUUCCUGACCUCAACCCUGUAGAGAAUUUAUGGUCAGUCCUUGUACGAAGGGUCUACGCGAAUGGCAAGCAGUAUACAACGGUCAACUAUCUGAAAAGAGCGAUUCGUGCCGAGUGGGAUGGUUUGGACAAGUCACUGCUGCAAUCACUCGUUGGCAGCAUGCCGAACAGGAUUUUCGAAGUCGCUCAGAAACAAGGAGGCAUCACACAUUAUUAA